AUGACGGAAAGCAACUCUAAAACUGAAAAGAAGAGCCUUGUGCUCAAUGCGUUUGUCAUGAUGUGCAGCGGCCACCAGUCUCCUGGCCUAUGGAGGCACCCCGAAGAUGAAUCAUGGAAAUUCAAAGACAUUGAGCAUUGGGUCAAUUUGGCCAAGCUGCUGGAAGAUGCAAAGUUCCAUGGCAUCUUCAUUGCCGACGUUCUAGGCGGCUACGAUGUCUUUAAAAAGUCUCUGGAGCCAGCAAUUACAAGCGGCGCUCAGUGGCCAACAACAGAGCCGCUUGCUGUAGUCCCUGCCAUGGCGCAAGCGACCAAGAGUAUCGGCUUCGGCGUCACCGUCUCGACUACAUAUGAGCAGCCAUAUCACCUGGCCCGACGCCUGUCUACGGUAGACCAUUUAACAAAGGGCAGACUUGGCUGGAACAUUGUCACCGGCUAUCUGCCAUCAGCAGCCAAGAAUCUCGGCCACACAGAACAGCUAGCGCAUGACCAGAGGUAUGCACAGGCAGAGGAAUACUUGGAAGUCAUCUACAAGCUGCUCCAAGCCUCAUGGCGCGACGAUGCCGUCAAGCUCGACCGCGAAAAGGGCAUCUACACAGACCCAGCCCUUGUUCGCAAAAUCAAUCACGACGGCGAAUUCUUUACUGUUCCUGGCCCUCAUUUUGUCGACCCCAGCCCGCAGCGUACACCUCUCUUACUACAAGCUGGCGCAUCCAAGGCCGGCAAGCAGUUCGCCGCACAGCACGCCGAGGCCAUCUUCACCUCUGCUCACGCUCCGCAGGCUUGUGCUGCCAAUAUCGCUGAGAUUCGUGCGACAGCACGCGACGAGUUUGGCAGAGAUCCAAGCAGUAUCAAGGUGUUGGCACUGCUGACGCCUAUUCUAGGCCGGACAGAGGAGGAAGCACGAGCCAAGUAUGAGGAUUACAAGCAGUAUGCGUCACUCGAGGGUGCUCUGGCGCUCUUUGGCGGCUGGACCGGGAUAGAUUUGAAUGAGUAUGGCGACGAUGAGGAGCUUCGCGAGGUGGAAAGCAACGCUGUCAAGUCGACUGUCACGGCAUACGCACGCUUUUCGCCGGCCAAUUCCAAAUGGACAAAGCAUACUGUUGCUGAGCAUGUCAGUCUUGGUGGAAAUGGGCCGUUGGUGGUUGGAACGCCGGCCCAAGUAGCAGACGUGAUGGAGGCGUGGGUUGCGGAAGCCGACGUCGACGGGUUCAACUUGGCCUAUGCUGUGUUUCCGCAGUCGUUCAAGGACAUUGCGGAGUUGCUGGUUCCGGAACUACAAAGACGUGGGCUGUUCUGGGAGGAUUAUGCUGUUCCCGGGGGAACGUUCCGAGAGAACUUUUAUAGAAAGGAGGGCGUGAAGCGUCCAAGAGAAGAUCAUGUGGCUUCAAAGUACCACUGGACGGCGGAUUUGACGGCCGACGAGCACAAGUUCCCUGGCAGUAAAUGAGGUCUUUUGUUACAAAAGGUAAACUAAUACGCCAUCUUGGUAUUGUUCAUAAAUAUUAUUCUCUCUUGAUAAAUAUGGC